GCGGAGGCCAUGGGCGCCGCGGCGGCCGAGGCGGACCGGACCCUGUUCGUGGGGAACCUGGACCCGCGAGUCACGGAGGAGCUGCUCUUCGAGCUCUUCCACCAGGCAGGCCCAGUCAUUAAAGUAAAGAUUCCGAAAGACAGGGAUGGGAAACCAAAGCAGUUUGCAUUUGUGAAUUUCAAACACGAAGAAUCUGUCCCCUAUGGCAUGAGUCUGCUUAACGGGAUCAAACUUUUUGGGAGACCUCUCAAAAUUCAGUUCCGAUCAGGGAGUAGUCAUGCCUCCCAAGAUGGUGGCUCACCUUAUUCCCAGCACGGGUCUGCUAACGGAAGCCCCUCUGGUGCAUUGCAGCUGCCGCCUAGUUGUAACAGCAGGUACGAGAGAAACGUGGAUAGUGUGCCGGCAGGGUUGCCAGCUGUGCAGAGGUCUUUCUCGUCUCCCGAUAACCUCCAGAGGCAAGCAGUGAUGAGCAGUGCUCUGUGGCAGCAGCCCCAGUACGGCGGAAGGCACGACUCUCCACACCCAGAACUGCCAGGCUUCGCUUCGCCAGGGCACCAACCGAGUUACUCCUACAGCCAGUCAUCGGCCUCCCAAAUGCCGUGGCGCCCAGAGGGGGUCUCGGCGCAGCGCAAGAACCGGGUCAGCUCCCAUCCCUAUCAGCCCGACAGCCGGCAUUACAGCCGGGAGCAUCAGCGGCUGGGGGACUGUGGCUCCGAGCAUCCUUUCAGGGGCGCCCGGGACGAGUAUUGCCACGACGACAGGAACUAUGGAGGCUGGAGCCAUGACUAUGAUAACCGGAGGGAGAGCGGCAAAGACGGCAAGUGGCGCCCCUCCCGCUACUAACGAGUAUUCUGAGUGGAUUUUAAAUAACUUCCCUUGGGAAAUUUGGGUUCUUAUUUCCU